AGGUUUGUGGAAAAGGCGAGCAGGAAGAGACAAUCCCUGAAAGGCGGAAAAGAACUCAAGAGUUGUUCAAAGCUGUUUCACAGCCUAGGCUAAGAUGCUGUUGUAAAUUGAUAGAUCCUUUCUUGUUUGGGGAAAUUACUCUUUCGAGUUGCUUUCAGCACUAGCAAAUCAUUGAGCGGGUGAGCUGUGACUAAUGCGGGAAGAAUUCAUGCCUGUUGCACCGUCAAGAAGGACUUCCCUCCCCUUUUUCAUAGUGGAACCUGCUCUCUUGUCAGCAGACUGUUGUCACAAAGUCUGUAUAGUGGUGCAUUUGUUGUGGUCGUUUUCCAACCUCGACAAGUUCAGGCCGCAAGGAUGAACUGGUCGGGACUCGAAAGCCUGUUGAGUGGAGUCAAUAAGUACUCCACCGCCUUUGGGAGGAUUUGGCUGUCCAUGGUGUUUGUCUUCCGCGUGCUAGUGUUUGUGGUGGCAGCGCAGAGAGUUUGGGGCGACGACAGCAAAGACUUUGUGUGCAAUACGCGACAGCCGGGAUGCACCAACAUCUGCUACGACCACAUCUUCCCCAUCUCCCACAUCCGUCUGUGGGCACUGCAACUGAUAUUUGUCACCUGCCCGUCUCUACUGGUGAUGGCUCACGUCAAAUUCCGAGAAGAAAAGGACAAGAAGUACGUGGAGUCGCACCAAGGCUCUCACCUGUACGCAAACCCCGGCAAGAAGAGAGGAGGCCUGUGGUGGACUUACCUCCUAAGCUUGUUCUUCAAAGCCGGAUUCGACAUCUCCUUCCUAUACAUUCUCUAUCGGAUUUACCACGGAUACGACCUGCCCAGAUUAUCCAAGUGUUCACUGGAUCCGUGCCCAAACACGGUGGACUGCUUCAUCAGCCGGCCGACGGAGAAAAAGAUCUUCAUGCUCUUCAUGGUCACCUCCAGUGCUCUGUGCAUCUUCAUGUGCAUUUGCGAGAUGUUCUAUCUGGUCGGCAAGCGCUUGGUCAAAAGAUUCAAGGUCCGACACGAGAACCAGAGGAUCGUGUUUGCCGAUCAGCACGAGCUCACCAACAUGGCCCCGCCCAGGUCGCGGUACAAAAAGACUGAGCGCACGCUGACUGACACAAACCAAAGCAAAAGUAUGAGGAGGGAGGUGGGUGAGAUCACAACGCUUUGAUUUCUUUUUCCCCUGACAAAUGUCAACGAUUGGAUAUACGUACUACGUCUGCACGUACAUAUAUAUCUAUACACCACGUUGACUGACUGACUGAAAUGCAAAUGCUGGAGAUCCUACCUUGGCUGAAGGUGGACAACAACGGGUGCAGAAAAUACCACACGCUCGGUCGCUGAACUGUGACGUGAAAUCUCAAUGUGUUGCUUGCCAACAUCUUAGGUGAGCCCUUGCUGUUGAACAGCAAUGUCUUCCCAUAGAUGAGUCCAGAGGUAUUUGAACAGUGAGCCAAUUCUCAUGAUUUUGCCUCUAUAAAUCAUCAAUUCAUUGAAGUUAUUCCAAAGAAAUAUUUCAUUUAACAUUUGCAGAGAUUUUUUUCAAACAUUUGUAUCCACGUAUGACAAAUCAUGGUUAUGUGUGUAGGAAUCAAUCAACCAAUCAAUCAAUCACUCAAUCAAUCAAUCAAUCAAUCAACCAACCAACCAAUCAAUCAAUCAAUCAAUCAGUCAGUCAUAAUUGUUCAACUACCUGUGGACCUCUGGUAAUAAACUUGCUUGACAUCAAAUGUACAAUGUUUAUAAGAUAUACUCAAAAAGUAAUGUUGAUAAUGAGUGAGCUGUUCAGAAGCAGCUCCAAAGGUCCCUCCCUCAGGUCAUGCUAAUUGGAAGAGGGAAUUUUCAAAGUGAAUAUUCACACUAGAGCAGGGGUCACACACACACACACACACACACACACACACACACACACACACACACACACACACACACACACACACACACACGCACACGCACACGCACACACACACACCUCUAUAAAAAAAGACAUUCCCAGAAGCCAGGCGGGCCUAUCUAGUGCUGCCCUUAACGCUUCAUGCUGCAUAGGGUCCAUUUUUUUGUUUCGAUGGGGAUCGGUCGACUCAAUGUCCUUGAUUUCAAGGUGAGCUCUUGAAUUGCAGCCCCAGCAGGAGGAGAAGACACCAUGUGAAGGUGCCAGAUCACACUAACACUUGCUAGUUUUGGAAUCCACACAUCCUGCCUGCGUGGUCUCAAAGGAUGUGGAUUGGAGUCAUAGCCUAUCAAAUGAAAGCCAAAAGGCUCUUGAAUCACUUGUGUGUGAAUGCUGAGAGAUCCUUUGCAGAGGCACUUACUCUACAUUUGGACUGA